AUGGAACAAACUAGGAGUGAUAAAGGCUUCUCUCUAUCUACAGAUAAUGAAAUACUUUCCAGUUUACCACUGCAGAUGUCCCUCUAUUUCAACGUCUAUUAUUUCCCAUUUUGGUGGCUCAGUGCAGUCGUCAUGCUCUAUCUGAAGUAUCUGGCCUUGUCAGAUUACUCCAAGUUCAUCCUGGUUACAGCCAUGAUCAUAGCCUCUCUAGUAGAGGUCAUUCGACUCUACCUGGGAUACAUGGGCAAUCUGCAGGAGAAGGUCCCUGAGCUGGCUGGGUUUUGGCUCCUGAGUCUCCUCCUGCAGUUGCCUAUAAUGCUCUUCUUGCUAUUUAAUGAAGGUCUGAAAAAUCAGCCACUGGAGCGAGCAGUCCAUGCCAUCUUUGCCCUCUUCCUCAUCUUCCAAGUCUUUGCAGCCUUUGUCACCCUGAAAAGGAUGGUUAACAAACUGGCAACUCAGUUCUGCCUGGAGGAACGUCCUGUGCCUGAUUUUUACAGUCUGG